AUGUCAGGGGAUUUCCAGAAUCUGGGAGUGGGCACCAAGCAUGUGGCUGAGAAUCCUGGACAGCAGCAACAUCCAGAUGUACUUAGCAGAGGAAUAAGGGAUGUGCCUGGCUGGGGUAUCAACAAAGCCGUCAAUGCCAGCUGGCUGUUGAUGUUGAUGCUAUGCAUCCUGUAUAUGAAUUCUCCCAUCAGAAACUAUCUAGUUAGAAAGACUCUGUACUUCCAGAAGGGGCUGGAGAUAGGCACAAUACCAGCCCCUGCCUUCUCUCCAGAAGUAUUCCCCAACCCUGACAUUCACAGAGCCCCCUCCCUGGUCUCUGCCCUCACUUACAGUGGGGCCAGCCGCCCCUGCACCCCAGCAGAAGCCAGGCUCUUACAGCGCAGCCCCCCCCCACUCCAGCGCUUGCCACCCCAGGCACCAUCCCGGCUCCGGGCCCCUGCGCUGCCCGUUCUGUUCUGCAUUCCCUCUGUCCUGGAGCUGCCCCUGUUCCUGCCCUCCGUAGCUGACUCCGGCUUCCCUGGCCACCCUCAGCUCAGCAGGACCCCGGGAACCCCAGUGCCAUGUGACACCUUCCAUAAGUGUGGAAUUCAGGAGAAUCUUGGGCCUCCCACGUGCUGUGAGAAGAGCUCUUCCUUGCUGUCGGUGGGAGGCCUCGAGGCAAGGAAGGUGUGGGGGCCUCACAGCCCAGCUGGUUGGAGAACAUCACAGCUCCAAGGCCCUUCUCCCCCUCCAGCCUCCCUGCCCUUCACUAUCCUGUCGCUGGUGAACGCCCCGUGUAAGCGAGGAUUUUACUGCGGGGAUGACUCCAUCCGGUACCCCUACCGUCCAGACACCAUCACCCAUGGGCUCAUGGUCGGGGUCACCAUCACAGCCACCAUCAUCCUUCUCUAUGUGCAGACGCGGCUCUGCUGGAAGUGGGCGCAGCUGCUGCGGCCCACGGUCCAGUUCUUCUUGGUGGCCUUUGCCCUCUAUAUGGGCUACACACGCGCGUCUGAUCACAAACACCACUGGAGCGAUGUCCUUGCUGGCCUCCUGCAGGGGGCGCUGGUGGCUGGCCUCACUGUCCACUACAUCUCAGACUUCUUCCAAGCCCGACCCCCACAGCACUGCCCAAAGGAGGAGGAGCUGGAACGGAAGCCCAGCCUGUCACUGACACUGACCCUGGGAGAGGCUGACCACAGCCACUAUGGGUACCCGCACUCCUCCUCCUGAGGCUGGACCCCUCCCAGGCAGGGAAUGGCUGUGAGUCCAGCUGAGGCUGGCCCUCCAGGUGGUCCCUCUGGCCAUGGGUAGGCACUGAGGGCUCCAGACAGGCUCCAGGAACCCUGGGCUGAUGGGAGCAGUGAGCAGG